AUGGAAGGAGGUCCCGUGGUCGCCCUGGAUCGGAUCUUGCACGACUUGGCGCACGCAUUGACGGUUUCCGAACGAUGGCGAGCGCUGAGACGAUUCCGAGAGAUACUGGAACAGGAUUUGAAACAGUCCACGCAUCAACAGUGUCGGGAACGUGAGGUGGAUGUACUGCUCGUCUGGAAUGUUCAACUCGCACUCCAAACGUCCGAUCCCACACUGUUACCCGACUUGCUAGAAUGUCUGCGUUCCCUCUGGGCGCACCCACCACAACGUCACCAGCACCACAACCACCACCACCACGCACGAUAUACCCAACCGGAUCCGGAACUGGAGUCGUUGAGUCGUUUCCGUAACAAGGUGGCUCCCGUAGCCGAUGCUAAUGGUACCACCAUUCAAACUCUUUUGACGUGUUGGAGGACUUACCGCUACGAUACAGUCGUACUGGAGUCGCUCGUGCCCUGUUUUCGGGCUCUGGCCAAACAGGGUCGUUUCUCCUCGACCGCACCUUCGUCCGGGGUGGGUCAAUGGAAGGAAGUCGCCGAACGAUUGCACGCGGCGUUGGCGCGCGAAACACGUCCCGAAAACGCUCUCCGACCGACCCUGUGGGGACUGCUGAAAGAUGCCGUCUUUCGGGCCUUACCGGACGAAAAGUGCGGUUGGUUCGGAACCUUUCAGGAACUGACAUUGCGGGAACUAUUGCCCAAGGAUACAACAACCAACACCGACAUUGGUAUGGAUAGUAGCAAUUCCGUAUCUAACGUUACCAUGGAGCACGGGGUGGGAAUAUUGUGGAGUUGGGCGGUAAUCCCUCGCUUGGGACGCACCUUGGCCGAAUCCACAUCGCUCUGGAUUAUUCUAGAUAUGCUACACAAUGAUCGUUCACCCCGAUCGCGGAUUCUGGCAACCCGUCAAAAGGCAACGGCAACUCUCGGAACCAUUCUUACACACUUUUCCAGCACAAACGAUGUUAAUGAUGAAAAUCCUGUUCCAGAAACUAUGACCAAACAGACAUGGAUAGCGUCCCGCUUGUUGACUUUACUAGAGACAGAAUCGGAUCCGGAUUGGAGAAGGCGCUGUCUACGGACUUUGCGAUGUCUCUGCUCUUGCUCAUGGGGACGACGGAUGCUCGACAAUGCAUGUACACAUCUUUUGCUACCAACACUGCUUCGCAUUGUACGGGACGAUACCGCCGAUUCUCCCGACACCCGGGUACAGGCCUGUCAAUGCCUCUCGACUAUGCUGCCCUUACCACCGCCUUCGUGGAUCGAUUCGCUGCCGUUGGUGGAAACUACUCUGAUACAAACAGCGUCCAAAAAAUCCACACCGGACAAAGUCGUAUUGGCGGCCUCACAAGCGCUCGCGGCUAGCCUGCAAUACAGUCCCUGGAAACGCAGUGCCUCCUGUUUUUCAACAAGUUUUCACGAGCGUGUAAGAGAUGUUCUACAAGACAACGAAGCACGGGAGACGUACCAUGUCGCCUUCGGUGAGCUCUUGCACCAGAUCGUACUCGAACACGAACAUCAAACCAGCGUUCCAGAUCUGCUGUCAUCCACUACCAUUCUCGAUAUCAUUACGCUUCUGUUGACUCCGCUCGGUCCCGACUUUGGCUUGAGCCGUGACCACGCCUUGCGGGUAGUGGAGAUUCUGUCGAGGCACGAAAAGAAGAAGCUCGCCGAUCACGAAUCACUACUGGGUGCCCUCGUCAAUCUCUGCCUCGUCACGAGUGGGGAGUUGAAAGUCCAGGUAAAAACCAUUGUACUCGAUCUCGUCCCCGAGCUGUAG